AUGCUACCCUUCCCGGGCCUCCACAACCUCUUCACCCCAGUUCCUGAUUAUCCCAUGCCACCGAUUCAACCACAGAAGGACGAGCUAGGUCUCUUUUAUGGCAAAUGCUAUCGCCUUCAAAACAACCAAAAGCAAAAGCUAGGCUACCAACAAGGCGCAUACUACCGGUAUGACGCAGACGAUAACCGGCGCCCAUUCCGCAUCUGCCGCUCCACUCGGGGUUCCUGCAAGCGUGAGCAAGACGACCAAAACGUGUACAAGAAUGACCGGUUUUAUCUCUGGGAUGGGCAUGGCUCGGCUUGGUCCAAGGGUCCGACCUGGAUUGGUUUCACUGGAGUGUUUUUGUAUCCGAAUAUUUACCGCGAUGUCGAGAAUUACAUUGCGCCGUUCAAGGCGCAUCAGAGUUGUGAUCGUGACUCUAUUCAGGGGGAUGAUCUGGAUGAGCAGAAGAACAAGUGUUUGCUUUGUGUGAAUUUGAAAAACAGCUACAACAACUACAAUGGGUUGGCAACAUACCCCACAGGAUAUGUUUACCAGACCGCGAAUCCGAGUGAUUGUGUUUAUUGGGUGUUCAAAGAGGUGGAUUGCCCGGAUGAUGAUUAUAUGGAGGAUGAGGAACUGUGA